GGAAGUUUAGUGCCUCCCACUGCGUGUGUUCACAUGCUGCGACUGCACCGCGACGAGGAGACCUCCGAUGGACGUCUACCAGGAGGCUGUAGGAUAUCUCAAGUCACAGCAUGUACCAGCUGUAGUCCAAACGGAGACUGAGGUCAUGGAGGAGGAUGUGUUCCAGGAGGAAGCAGAUUCCUGUUCUCUCUCUCCUUUUCAUCCUGAGAGCGUAGACUUCCCCGACACCCCGACGUUAUCCAGCCCCGAGGAAAUGCUAGAGAGGAGGCUCAUGGUCCUGAAAGGCAUCCUGGAGAGUGAGGAGGUUUAUCUCAGAGAGCUGGAGGCCCUGCUGAUGCCCAUGAAGGCCCUGCGCGCCUCAGCCGGGACGUCCAAGCCGGUUCUGUCCGGUCAGCAGGUCCAGACUGUGUUCUACCAGGUGCCGGAGAUCAGAGACAUGCACCAGAGCUUCUUCUCGGGCCUGAAGGAGCGUCUGAGCGCACACUGCCGCUCCGAGCCCGGCCCCGGGGAGGACGGGCAGAUGAGCUACACCGGCUUCGAGCUGGUGGUGGGGGACCUGUUCCUGAAAAUGGUUAACCAGCUUGGUCUGUACGGUGGUUUCAUUGGAAACUAUGAGGAAGCUGUUCAAGUCGUUCGCAAGUGCACACAGUCGGACCCUCGCUUCCGGACCCUGGCACAGAGCAUGAUGUCCAACAUCGGCUCGGACAAAACUCGUACCAAAUACACAUUUGAAGCGCUACUAUACAAGCCUUUGGACAGAGUCACCAAGACCACACUUGUGCUGCUUGACCUCCUGAAGACGACUCCAGAAACCCACCAAGACUACGCACUGUUACAGGAAGCUCUCAGAUUGUCCCGCAGCUUCCUGUCUGGUGUCAACGAGAGUUCACAGAGCAAACGAGGGGUCACGCUCAGUCACGGCAUGAGACGUAAGCUGAUGCGUGACGGCUUUGUGGUGGACGCGAGCGAGGGGGAACGCCACAUUCGUCACCUCUUCCUCUACACCGACCUCCUGCUGUGCACCAGAUUCAAACAUGCAACCAGAGGGAAGCAGGACCAGUACAGGUUCGGCUGGUUUCUGCCCCUCGCUGGCCUCAAACUUCGCUGGAUCGCAGAUCAACAUCGUUCUCCAGACGCACAGCUUCGCCUACACACCAUAAGAACAAAGAUGCACCUCCUACGUCAGCAGCUACGACAACACGCACAGGGGUCCAAGGGUUUGGCUUUUGCAGCUCGUAGCAGAAAGAAACUGGAGCAGGCGGAGCUGAUGCUGCUCACACACUCCCCGGUUUACACACUGGAGCUGCACAGCCCCAGCGGCAAGAGUCAUACUCUCCUCCUCUCCUCGCUGUAUGAGCUUGAAGAAUGGAGGGAAGCCAUUCACAAAGUCACUACAGACAACAUAGAGACCGUCCCCCCCGACCUGCUCACCCUCACCAGUGCAUGUGUGAAACUGAGAAUGACGCAGCAGCCGCCACUUCACAGCACCAACGCCGCAGUAGAGGGCGAGAUGUCUCUGUGUGGGACUCUGAGUGUGGCCGUGCACUCUGCCUGUGGCCUGCAGCAACCAGCCUCUGUAUACGUGUGUGUGGAAGUGGAUGGAUAUGAGUUCUAUGAUAAACAAGCCACGACACACUCAUCAAUCCACAGCCUCAACCCACAUUGGGACCAGGAGCUGGAGUUCCAGGUGGACGCGGCUCAGGAGCUGAGGCUGCUCUGUGUGAGUCAGGCUGAUGGAAAGAAUGAUACUGUCUUGGGAAAAACUUCUGUAAAGUUGGAAUCUAAAACCCUGAAUGAGCGAUGGAGGAGACAGACGCUACACCUCGGCCAGGUGGAUGUGACCGUCUCCCUGAAGUUCUCCCCCCACCCUCUUGAACCCCCCAGCGCUACAGCUCCUCUACAUCCUGUCUUCUGCGUCCCCAUUGAAAUUGUUACUCAACAGGAAGGAGUGAUGGUGCCCCACGUGGUGCGCUGCUGCGCGGAGGAGGUGGAGAGGAGAGGCCUGGCGGAGGUGGGGAUCUACAGGAUUUCCGGAUCCUCCAGUGACAUCAACACGCUGAAGACUGUCUUCAACAGCAAUCUGCGUGACGCUGUAACCAGGCUGAGGAGGGCGGAAGUGAACGUGGUCUCUGGUGUCCUCAAACUGUACUUCAGAGAGCUGCCGGAGCCCCUCAUCCCCGCCGACAAGUUUCAGAGCCUGGCCAGGUCGCUGGAGAUUCAAGACGUAGACUCCCGGCUGGUCUCCAUGUUCUCCGUGCUGCACUCCUGUCCCGCCCCCAACCGCAACACCUUCCUGUUCGUCCUGCACCACCUCCAGAGAGUUUCUGAGAAGCAAGACACCAACAAGAUGACUCUGAUGAACCUGGCUACGAUAUUCGGUCCCAGCCUCUUACGCCUCCCUGUGGCGGCACUGGGACCCAUCGGCUCCUCCAUGGAUAUCUCUGUGGAGGUGGUGCUGCAGGUCCAAGUGGUUUUCUGCUACCUGCAGUGCAACAACCUCCCUGAAGCCCAGACCUCUCUGCCACAUGACACAGACUCUGAAGAUGAGACCACCCACAUGUGAGACCACCACCAGUGUCAAAUACUGCGUGUGAAGAAGUAUCAGCAAACUCUUAACACAAUAAAAUUAUUUAUUGAUAUAAAUAUG